CACCGGUUAUCCCCUACAUAAUAAUAACAAUAAUAAUAAUAAUACUAAUAAUAUAAUAGGGGAGCACCUUGCAGGCAAUGGCUGAGUAGCAUAGACUGUAGUAGCAGCCCAACCUUUCACUUUUAAUAUUAUAUUAUGUAAAAGCCGCUGCUAAGGUUUAUAAAAAGCCCUUCAUUGUUCUAAAACAGUGGUUCUCAAACUUUUUCACGUCAAGGACCCCUAAACCGGUACAAAUAAGACCACAGACCCCCCAUGUGAUAGGCUUUUGUCCCAGAAUCGCCAGUCUAAUACGAUUUUAGCUUUUUGAUUUUUUUUUACAGAAAGAGUAUGGAACCCAUGACCAAAACAGAAAUACAUUCGGUCAUUGUGAAUGAAAUUAUAGUGAAAAAUGAAAUUCCCCUUUUUGCUGGGGACCCCCUCAAGGACCCCUGGGGGUCCCCGGACCCUACUUUGACAACGUUUGUAAGCAGUAGGUUAACGCUAAAGCUAGCUUCUUGGGGUUGGUGACAUCUUAGGUAGCUUUUGGCGUUAGCUAACCUGUUAGCGGCUAUCUUCUCAUGAGAAAACACUAUAAAUGUGGAACAGAUUUGGUGUUAGCUAACGUAUCGAGCUCAUCUUUGCUAACAGACGUAUGAUUUCCUCAACAAGUAAAAGUUGAAUCACUUCUGAGUUGCAGCAGUCACAUAAACCUUCGCUGUAUUUAUUCAUUCCUCUGCUACCCGUCGCGCUGUUUGACCGCCAAUUGUGUUGGCGUGUUUGAUUACACUCAGACACCAUCACACGUUCAAACACACGAGCAGAGUGUGUGCUCGCUGACACACUCCGUAUUUACCGUAUGAAUCAGAGCAGAAGACGGUGAUGGAGGGAACAGAGGCGGAGGGGCGGCGAGACUUUGCUGUCUAAUCAAAGAGGAAACAUUUAGAAGCUUCUCUGGAAGAAAAGGUGAGUGAUUUAUUACUUACUGAUUAACGGUCUGUCCGUGUCAGAGUGGAGUAAAUCAUAUAUUUAAUUACAACCUUCUCAUAUUUGGUUGUUCUUGCUCAGCUGAUUUAUUUCAAUGUAGCUCAGGAACAUAAACCUACUUAUUGGUUCAAAAUCAAAAAUGUUGUAUCAUAUUAUCAAUGACCUUUUGUGUUUUGUUUGCUGUGUGCAGGUGUGACAAUUCAACACAAUUACAGCAGAGCACAGGUGUACUUCAGACUCACUUUUUGAAGACAUAAUCUGUUAAAAAUGUUCUGACAAACAGCUUGCAACAAGAAAUGUUAACUAACAAAUGAAAAUGCUGUGUAUCGACACACCUCUAAUCUGAGCCCUUAAGUCCAAACAUCACUUUUCAACAUAAAGUGACGCCCUCUACGUACAAAUCAAUACAAAUGUGAAUAAAUGGAAAGUUUAAUUUGAGAAAUAUUUAGCAGUAAUGAAAUUUAAAUCUAACAGAUGUCCUAAUAAAAGCGGCUCGGAGCUGCACUGUGAGCGCCGCCUCCUCCUCUGCAGUCCCUGUAUUGGGUUUCAUUCCUGCAGUUCUGACUGAAUGAACGCUGAUCAAUUAUUUACAGGGAAGCUGAAGGUCAGGAGAGAACCCCCAGAGAGACCCGUAGGCCCGAAACAGACACGUCUGUGUUCACAACUCCACCGAAGAAACCCGACGAGACGAGACCGAGAGGACAAUCGGGACGGGGACGACGGCUGAAGGUAGGUCCCAACUCCCUCUCAUUAUCACUGGGAUUUAAUUCAGACCAAAAUGCUUCAAACUGGUCUAACUGGAGACAAUGGCACAAAUCUGCUGUGAUGCUGUGAUGUCCUCUUUGAUGCACGGUCAUAGAAGUGCUGAAACAACUGAACUGACAACGUUUACAAUAAUCAAUUUGAGUCAUUUCCUUAAAGCAGAAACAGAAAUCAUUCUCUGGCUCCAGGUUUUCUCCCUUUUCUACGUCAGGAAACUGAAUAUCUGCUGGUUGGACACAACAAGGGAACUACAGGAAACGAACGCACAUUAUUCACACUUCUGUCAUGUUCUACGGACCAAAUGAUUAAUCAAGACCUAUAGCGCAAAUCCCCAAAUGAGGAUAUAUUUUUGGACUCUCCAUACCGCUGUCCGGUGGAGCUGGAGUGCAGACAAAUGUAAGAUUAUUAUUGUGGAUAAACGGAAACGCUGGAAAUUUAGUGAGCAGAGAAUGUAGUUUGCUAAGGAUGUUCAGCAGGUACAAUAUCCACCGUGUUCAUAUUCGUUUAUUGUGUUAGCAUGCGGACAUUAAUCAGCAGUGAACACAAAGUACAGCUGAGGAAUGUGGACGUCAGACUGACAUCUAUAGAGCCUCAGAGGUUCUGGUCAGUUACAGGAAAGUUCUGCUGGGAUGGGUUAAAUCGUAACACUCCCCAAAAUCCACAACCAAAGUAUAAUAAUGAUAGUCUUUGUUUGUGUAGCGCGUUUCAUCAAAGUGCUUCAGAUUCAAGAGCACCUAAACGAGUAACAAUAAAUAAAGCGCAUAUUCGGCACAUGCACAAAACACAGGAAUUAAAAGUGAAAAAGGGUUUAAAAUCAAAUAAGUACAGAAAUAAAUGUGUGUUUAAUCAGUGGAAAGCGUAAAGUAGGUCUUGAGCUGCACCAAACUGCACCAGUUGUUGUGACAUUAUUGGACACCGGUUGUUCCAAAACACGGGCUUGAAUUUAAACCCUGAACCAAACGCUUCAACAGCUGGAACAGACAAACCUGCCUGCCGCACAGAGAGCCUGCAGAGAGGGAGGGAGGUUUCCGUUAAUGAUUGAAGGGCUAAUUGAGCGAGACAUGGUCUUCAUCAGCAAAACGCCGGCGGUACAUUCUGAACAAGCUUUUCCAAACUAAUGACGGUGUGUUUUCUUUCGCCCCCCUUUGUCACAGAAGCCUCUUCUACAGGCCAGGGACGUGGGUCAGUCGGCGAUGACUCGAGACAGAGAUUAGAUUAUAUUAGAUCGAUCAGAGGAAGGACAAAUGAAGGAAACCUCGGAGGGUGAGAGGACUUGAGUCGGGUGAAGGAGCUGAGAUGAUGCCAGAGCAACCUGAACCCAACCAGCUCUGCCAGAAAUAACCUUCAUGAUGGGAUUGAGCCAAGCCUCCAACGUCGAUCCAGGCAUCGGUUUGGCGGCUGCGGCGAGCAACCAUCCCAACACCUCUGGCACCCCUUCGUCCCUCCCUCCGUCGUCCUGCAGCAUUGACGAAUCCUACAAGUACGUUUUCCUGCCCGUCUGCUACUCGCUCACCUUCCUCUUCAGCCUCACCCUCAACUCGGUGGUGCUGCUGCGUUCAUGUUGCCACCACGGCGGGGGCGGCAGCGGCCGACGCUGGAACACCUCGCUGAUCUACAUGGUGAACCUGGCCACCACCGACCUGAUGUACGGGCUGUCGCUGCCCUUCCUGGUGGCGAGCUACGUGCUGAGGGACCACUGGGUGUUCGGGGACUUCAUGUGCCGCCUCGUCCGCUUCCUCUUCUACUUCAACCUCUACUGCUCCAUCUUCUUCCUCACCUGCAUCUCCGUGCACAGGUACCUGGGGAUCUGCCAUCCGAUGAAGACCAUCACUCUGGAGAGCAAGCGGGUGGUGAAGGGGAUCUGUGCGUUGGUGUGGGUGGUGGUCUUCAUCCUCACCUGCCCCAUCUUCAGGUUCGCCCAGACAGGAUACGUCCAGCGAGGAGGGGGUGGGGUUAUGAAGCCUGGAGGGGGGUGGGAAGGCGGGAACAGUACUGGAUCUCAGGUGGAGGACAAGGAGGGAUACUUGAACUGCUGGGACGACGCCAUCGAUCAGGAGUUUCCCGACUACGUCCCGUACGGCAUCGUCCUCCACCUGCUGGGCUUCUUUGUGCCCUUCGUCAUCAUCGCCUGGUGCUACUCGCAUGUGGUCAGGACGAUAUUUCAGACCCUGCGCUCCCCUCCCAGUUCGAUAGAGGGAGGGGAGGACGGUCCGGUGGCAGACGGGGGGACAGAAGGAGUCAGAGAGCGGGAGAGAACGUCCAUCUCCAUCUCCGGAUCGCAGUAUUCGCACUACAUCCGGCGGCGACGGAAAUCCAUUAAAACCAUCCUAACCAUCACCCUGCUGUUUGCGCUCUGCUUCCUGCCCUUCCACGUGACCCGGACGCUGUUCAUGCUCCUGCGGUGGGGGAAGCUCGGCGGCUGCAACGUCAUGAAGACCGUCUCCAUCUGCUACAAGGUCACCCGGCCGCUGGCGUCCUGCAACGCCUGGCUCAACGCCCUCCUCUACUUCCUGACAGGGGAUAAGGGCCCCCCCUGCUGCUGGCCGGCAGAACACGCUGUCCGCCGAGACCACCGGAGCGGCUCCAUCUGGUGGCCGCUGAAGAUCCUGAAGAAAGAGGGAGUGGGAGAAGAAGACCAGGAGGCCACCGAGAAGGUUGAAAGGGAGGUGCACAUCGAAAAUGAGUCCAAGUCUUCAAGGGUCAUCUUCUAGACCAGCACUUGAACAGAAACUGCUCAGUAGCGCUGGGUAUCGUUUGAAACUGAAGUCCAUAUUAGCGCUCUGGGAUGCUGUUCAAGUUUCAUUCAAAAUUUAGAGCAAAUUUUAAACGAAUUUCCAGAAUCUGCAAAGAAAAUUAAUGCAGAUUUCCACCCACUACUGUUCUGAGCAUAUUUAUAGUGGAUGCUACUUCUCCUGUCGACAACCCGUUCUCACUCCCUAACCGUCACGUAUGGAGCAUGGUCAAGUCCGUCCGGCUGGGAGAAGCCCUGUAGUGUCAUUUUUUAACGCUAACUGUGUAUAAUAUGUAACAGAAAAGGACGGAGUUGGGGUGUUGGGGUGGGCCAGGAACCGGACUUUCAACCAGGAGCCCGGUGUUAGUUUCCCGUGUGAAAGAAAAAGUCAACAGUGUUUUUAUUCGUUAUGUAGGUUGUGCAAGUAACGUUACUUAACUUAUGUAAGUUAAGUGACGUAAGUAAUGUUAAGUAAUGUUAAACCAUGAUGUUUUUCUAAACCUGAACAAAAUGUUUUGGAACGUAAACAACGUUCAGUUUCACAACAUUAACUAGCAGUUUUAUUUUGAUUAUUUUAUUUUCCGCACGUUGCGUAUUUAUUGUUGCUAACGUCCAAAAACGACACAAAAGGGUACACAGCAGGCGUUAAAAAAGAGACGCCAAGGGGUCUUGACCAAGCGACCGUAUGUGACGAGUUGGGAGUGAGUGUGUUGUCGCAAUAGAAGAAGACACAACGCGGUGACGUCAUUACAAGACGUUUCGGUUAAAGUGAGGAAGGUUGAAUCCUCCUCAUCGCUGC